CAUUUUUCGGGAAAAUGUCGUGUAACCUUUGUCCCUGGAGGGACGGAAAUCCAUUGGGCUAUUAAGAAGAAGAAGAUUUGACGUGUAUUUCGAGAAGACGCGACGUGUAUUUUUUCGAGAGGUUAUGGUCACAAUGGGUGCACCAGACAAUUCCGUCAUAAAAAUCAAUAAGUGGGAUGGUUCAGCCGUGAAAAAUGCCUUGGACGAUGCAGUCAAGGAUGUACUUACGAAGAAAUAUAACUACAUAGAAAAUUUUUCUCUCCUUGAUGGAAGAUUGUUUCUUUGUGGGGUUGCCGUUACAAUAGCCAUCGUAGCAUUGCUGUGCGAUUACUUGUAUCCAUUCCCUGCUUCCAAGCCUGUCUUAAUAGCCUGCGUCUCCUUUUAUUUCCUUCUAAUGGGUCUCUUGACUUUGUAUACGACGUACAAAGAGAAAGGCAUAUUUGUAGUUGCAAUUCAAAGAGAUCCAGCAGGUUUCAAUCCAGACAUGAUUUGGGAGGCAAGUUCUUAUUUAAAGAAAUAUGACGACAAAUACAAUUUGGUGUUGUCGAUUAGGAGCACGUCAAUGGGAAUCUUUAAUGAGACAAGCGUAACCAAAUCCGUCGCGAAUUUUAUUGACGUUAAUGGCGUGGUGAUACCAGAACUGGUAGAAACUGUGGUAACGAGCAUGCAUGACAGUCUGACGUCACAGCGUAAGGAGAAGUAGCAGCGUUCUGAAAUCUAAUCAGUAAAGCUUUUUUCCUUCUAAAUAAGUUUUUUUCUCAUGAAAUUCUGUUUGCAAAUCACAUCCAAUUUCCAAUCUUGUGUAAGGAUGUAAAUAGCAUGUAAGAUACAUUUUCAUUUAUAUAUUAUAAUUAUUCGGCACCAGAAAAUAGAUGGUUAUUACAAACUUUUUUCUAUA